UUUGGAGCGGCGUGGGAAGGUAGUAGGAUGAACGCGGGUUGGUGCGUUGUCGGGUUGGUAGUCAGUCUCUCACAGCCCCUCCUCUGUUGACGGUGAGGAUAACAGACAUCGCAUUCGUUCACCGGGAGCAGGAGGGCAGGAGAGAGGAUUGCACUCUCGCACCCAACCUGCUGCUGCUGCCGCCCUCAGCUGCGCGUAUCUUUCCGCCUCUUCGAACAGGGGCUAAUAUGAGGAAGCCUGUUGGUGUUGCCGACCCAGGAAGGCAUCUAGCUCCUGCUGACACUCUCUAAAUCCUCCAGCUGUCCCAUCAUGCCUUGCUCCCCAUAGAUCCCCCGACCCCCCCGAUCUCAUAACCACACGCUACAACGCACACACACACACACACACUCACUGACGAACCCCCCCCACCCCCACCCCCAACUCCACGGAGCCCUCACACUACACACACAACACACACACACACACACAGUAGCCAUGGGCGCGGACACGGAAUCCCAGGAGCCCCAGCUGAGUGCGGCGUGUAAGCGAAAGCGGUACCUCCACACGCGCAGGAAGUUGAGGCCUCUGCGGAUCGCGGGCUUCCUCCUGAGCCUGGCAGCAAUAAGCACGGUCCCCUUCGCCCUGGGUGCCUUCUCCUCGGCCUUCGGGACGCACCCUUCGCUCGCCUCCUCCUCCUCUCCCUCCUCCCUGUUAGGCGGGGCGCCGCACCGGACUCUGCUGUCCACUGACCGCUGGCGGUCGGGCGACAACGCCUCGGCGGAGGACUCGCCGGUGGCCCUGCGCUCGUCGGCGGCGGACGGCAACAAGUCCCAGGGCGACUACCCCGAGGACCUGUUCUCGCUGGAGAAGCGCCAGCAGGGCGCCGUGCUGCUGCACAUGAUGGGCAUGCUCUACAUGUUCAUCGCGCUGGCCAUCGUCUGCGACGAGUUCUUCGUGCCGGCGCUCACCGUCAUCAUCGAGCGCUUCGGCAUCUCCGACGACGUGGCGGGCGCCACCUUCAUGGCGGCGGGCGGCUCGGCGCCCGAGCUCUUCACCUCCAUCAUCGGCGUCUUCGUCUCGCACAGCAACGUGGGCAUCGGCACCAUCGUGGGCUCAGCCGUCUUCAACAUCCUCUUCGUCAUCGGGAUGUGCGCGCUCUUCUCCAAGGAGAUCCUCAACCUCACCUGGUGGCCGCUCUUCCGCGACGUCUCCUUCUACAUCCUGGACCUUAUCAUGCUCAUCGUCUUCUUCCUGGAUAACUACAUCACCUACGGCGAGAGCAUCGCCCUGCUGUCGGCCUACGCCCUGUACGUCGUCUUCAUGAAGUUCAACUCCAACGUGGAGGGCUUCGUCAAGUCCUGCCUGAACCGGAAUCAGGUGGUGGAAGUGGAGGCCCAACCGAAGCAAAGCCCUGUGACUCCAGAGGAUGAGAGCAAGUUAUCGGCAAGACCUCGGCUCCAGAGAGGAGGAAGUUCCGCCUCCCUGCAUAACAGUCUCAUGAGGAACAGCAUCUUCCAGCUCAUGAUACACACUCUGGACCCUCUCAGUGAAGAAUUUGCUGACUCUGAACUUGGGACUUAUGGCAAGCUUAAAUACUAUCACUCAAUGAGCGAGGAAGGGAAGUUCCGAGAGAAGGCCUCCAUCCUUCACAAGAUUGCCAAAAAAAAAUGCCAAGUCGAGGAUGCCAAUGGAGUUAUGGAUAAGAAUCUUCCCAACAGCUCCAGUGUGGAGGUGGAGGUCACCCCCCCAAUGAACGGCACGGCUGGACAGGAUGGAGACGCGGGUGAGGAUGAGGAAGAAGAUGAUCAGCCUCUGAGCCUGGCAUGGCCCGAGACUAACCGCAAGCGCGCGGCGUACCUGUUCAUCAUCCCCAUCGUAUUUGUGCUCUGGAUGACACUACCUGAUGUCAGAAAACAGAGCUCUAAAAAGUUCUUCCCGAUCACGUUUCUUGGAUCGAUCUGCUGGAUCGCUGGCUUCUCCUAUCUCAUGGUGUGGUGGGCCCACCAGGUGGGCGAGACGUUUGGAAUUACAGAGGAAAUCAUGGGGUUGACCAUCCUGGCCGCCGGGACCUCCAUCCCCGACCUCAUCACCAGCGUCAUCGUGGCGCGGAAGGGACUGGGGGACAUGGCUGUGUCCAGCUCCGUGGGGUCAAACAUCUUCGACAUUACCGUGGGGUUACCGUUCCCGUGGCUGCUGUUCUCGUUCAUCCACAACAUGGAGCCGGUGAAGGUGAGCAGCAACGGGCUCUUCUGCGCCAUCGUGCUGCUCUUCAUCAUGCUCCUCUUCGUCAUCAUCUCCAUCGCCGCCUGCAAGUGGAAGAUGAGCAAGCUGCUCGGCUUCAUCAUGUUCCUGCUCUACAUCGUCUUCCUGGUGGUCAGCGUCAUGCUCGAGGACCAGGUCAUCAGCUGCCCGGUGUCCGUCUGAGUGGAGGACACACACACACACACACACACACACACACACACACACACACACAUACACACAGAGAGACACUCAUACAUACACAGACACAGACACAGACACAGACACAGACACAGACACACACACACACACACACACACACACACACACACACACACAGACACACAGACACACAGACACACACACACACACAC